UACCCCCCAUGGUUUGAGGGUUGAAUCUUCAGUCCAAGAGCAAGAGGACACCACGGCGGUGGCCUGCUCUCCAUCACUAGUCCAUGUAAAAUCCACGCUAAACUCCAUGAAAGCCACCUUCUUUGAUCCAAUAAUUCAACACCCACGUUUCCAAAACCCCCCAAACCUCCUAUUUCAACCCUCUGGCUCUGUUUAAUCGUCUUCCAUUCCCAAAAAUCCUCGGAAGAAAAUGGAUCUUGAUGAGUGGGAGUACCUCCCUGAUGAUGCGUUCCUUGAUUUCCAUGAAGAUGGUGAGAAAAGGAAUUUCUCGGGCAAACGUAAUUCCGAUCCGAAAACUGUUUUCAACAUGAAUUACUUCAUAUGCCCAUCACCAAAUUCUGGGAAAUUCAUUGAACCGCCACGGAAUUCAAGGCUGCCGAGUCAAGUUGUGCCGCUUCCAAUUGAUUGGGAACCGACAAGUUGCAGCGUGGGCAAGGCCCGCGAUGAUGAUCUGGUGAAGGGCAUCACUAAGGUACCUAUUGAAAUCAGUGUUUUGCCAUCAGCUGUUAUCACUGAAAAUAUCAAAGCUACGGAAGCUGAUCAAGACACGGUUUCACAAGUUUUCUUCAAAAAAAUGAAGGAAAAUGAAUUUGUCGACAUGAAAAUGGACUCCCCAAAGUCUGGUGCUAGGGGGUUUCUGUCUCAAAUCGAAACGGGAACGUUUCAAUUUGAGGAUAAUGGUGAGGCCUUGGAGAGUAAGACCUCCCCAAGAAUGAAAAUUGAGAAAGAGAUGGUAAUGAGCAAGAAAAGCAGCAUAGACAUGGAUUGUGAUGGCAGCAAAGAGGAGAUCACUUGGGAAGAAACUAGCGGUAGGCUGAACAUAUGGAAAUGGAGCCUAACUGGGAUUGGAGCUAUUUGCUCUUUUGGUGUUGCUGCUGCUACAAUCUGUAUUAUAUUUUUUGGAAGCCACCAAAGAAACAAACACCACCAACCGAACCAGAAGCUUCGGUUCCAGAUCUACGCUGAUGACAAGAGAAUGAAGCAAGUGGUGCACCACGCAGCCAGAUUGAAUGAAGCAAUUUCAGCAGCAAGAGGAGUUCCCAUGGCCAGAGCUCACAUAACUUUUGGUGGUUACUAUGAUGGUCUGUAAAGCUCUGCCUCCAAGCAAUUCCUGGCCCUUCCUUAGACUCAACAAUCACAUGGAAUGAUGGAAUUGCCAUGUUUAAUUCUACCAUAUUUGCAUAAGCUCGAUCGUUUGUGAAUAAAGUAUCUGGGCCAUAUGUGUAGAUUCUGAAUCCUUUGUAUUGUCAAUUCCUUAUGGUCAUACAUAUCCAUAUCCAUAUCCAACCGCUGAUGUUUUGGUUUCAAGUAAUGUGAUAUAAUUAGAGCACUGCACAGUGUCUAUUGUGGUGGGUUGUGCGAUUGUCUGUUUUCAGAUACAAUUACUGAAAUUACUGAAUUUGAAACUUACUUCUUGUAAA